AUGGCAACAGUAUCAGAUCUUGUGCUUAUUCUUGUGGCUGGACUGGCUAUAUAUCUUCAGAUGCAAGAGGCGGCAGCAGUUAAGUUUGAGAUAACGAACCAGUGCGGGUACACGGUUUGGGCGGCAGGAUUACCCGGCGGAGGGCAGCAGCUCGACCAGGGUAAGACAUGGACCGUCGAUGUGCCGGCAGGGACAAAGGGAGCAGGAUUCUGGGGCCGAACCGGCUGCUCUUUUGAUGCGAGCGGUCGAGGAACCUGUCAAACCGGUGACUGCAACGGCCAAUUGAGCUGCCAGGUCUCGGGAGGCGUUCCCACCACGCUGGCUGAGUACACCCUCAAUGGAGAUGGCAACAAGGACUUCUACGACGUCUCCCUGGUGGACGGAUUCAACGGUCCUCUCUCCAUCAAUCCUACAAACGGACAGUGCACUGCCCCUGCAUGCAAAGCCGACGUCAAUGCUGUUUGCCCUGUUGAGUUGAAGGUGAAUGGCGGAUGCAAUAGUGCCUGCACUAUCUUUCAAACUGACCAGUAUUACUGCAGAGGUGCCUAUGUCGACAACUGCCCUGCCACAAACUACUCGAUGAUCUUCAAGAACCAGUGCCCUCAGGCCUACAGUUAUGCCAAGGAUGAUACUUCCAGCACUUUCACCUGCCCUUCUGGAACCACUGACUACAGUAUUGUAUUCUGUCCCUAA